AUGGAUCCCCUGGUGGUGCUGGUGCUUUGUCUCUCCUGCUUGCUUCUCUUCUCACUCUGGAAACAGAGCCAUGGGAGAGGGAACCUACCGCCUGGUCCCACUCCUCUUCCAGUUCUUGGCAACAUCCUACAGAUAGCUUUUAAGGACAUUAAUUCCUCUUUUAUUUUUCUCCCUCAGCUGUCUAAAGUCUAUGGUCCUGUGUUCACUGUGUAUUUGGGCAUGAAGCCCACUGUGGUGUUGCACAGUUAUGAAGCAGUGAAGGAAGCACUAAUUGACCUGGGAGAGGAGUUUUCUGGAAGAAAUGUUCCUGGAAUAUUCAAAAGAUCGAAUAAAGGAUUAGGAAUCGUUUUUAGCAAUGGAAAGACAUGGAAGCACACCCGGCACUUCUCGCUUGUGACCCUGCGGAAUGUUGGCAUGGGGAAGAGGAGCAUAGAGGAGCGAGUUCAGGAGGAGGCCCGCUGCCUUGUGGAGGAGCUGAGGAAAACCAAUGCCUCACCGUGUGAUCCCACCUUUAUCCUGGGUGCUGCUCCCUGCAAUGUGAUCUGCUCCAUGAUUUUCCAGAGCCGUUUUGAGUAUAAAGACCAGGAAUUUCUUAACUUGAUGACAAAAUUCAAUGAAAACUUCGAGAUUACUAAUUUCACAAGUGUUAAGGUCUGCAAUACAUUUCCCAUUCUUAUUGAUUAUCUUCCUGGAGAUCACCAAUCAGUAAUUAGAAACAAUGCAUAUAUAAGAAAUUAUGCGUUGCAAAGAGUAAAAGAACAUCAAGAAUCUCUGGACAUUAACAACCCUCGGGACUUCAUUGAUUGUUUCCUGAUCAGAAUGGAACAGGAAAAGCACAAUCCACAGAGUGAAUUCACUAUUGACAACCUGUUGGUUACGCUGUUUGAUUUGUUAAGUGCUGGAACAGAGACCACCAGCACCACCUUGAGAUAUGGGCUCCUGCUCCUGCUGAAGCACCCCAAGGUCACAGCUAAAGUGCAGGAGGAGAUUGAGCGUGUGAUCGGCAGACACCGGAGCCCCUGCAUGCAGGACAGGAGCCGCAUGCCCUACACGGACGCUGUCGUCCACGAGAUCCAGAGAUACAUUGAUCUUAUCCCUGUAAGUGCGCCACGUGCAACAACUUGUGAUGUUAAAUUCAGGAACUACCUCAUCCCCAAGGGCACAGUAAUAUUUCCAAUGCUGACAUCUGUGUUGAACGAUGAGAAAGAAUUCCCCAACCCAAAGGAGUUUGACCCUGGCCACUUCCUGGACAAGAGUGGCAAUUUUAAGAAAAGUGACUACUUUCUACCUUUCUCAGCAGGAAAGCGAGCGUGUGUGGGAGAGGCCCUGGCCCGCAUGGAGCUGUUUCUGUUUCUGACCAGCAUCUUACAGAACUUUACCCUGAAGUCUCAUGGUGAUGUAAAGGACCUUGACACCACUCCACUUGUUAAUGGGGUAUGCCGUGUGCCCCGCCUUUACAAUCUCAGCUUCAUUCCUGUCUGAAGAGGGCAGGUCACAGACCUGCUGUUGUGCUGUGGUCUACUGCUGUCCUCAUCCAGGCACCCCAGGCCCCUUCUUCUUAUGGGUUCCUUCCAUGUUCUCUACUCUAAUAUUUGCUUAUUUCUCUAGAUCUACUCUCCACUAGGAAGUUUUCUGGGUCCUUCAUAAAUGUAUGAUUACAAUAACUAGUACCUUGUAAUCUCUGAAUUGACCAACACAUGUUUCAAUCCCUGCCUAAUGUUGAGUUAUUAAUAUGUUAUCACUGUCAAAUAGUGGAAGAUGAUUGGUAUUUGAUAAUUCAGAAUUCUUUCUUUCCUAAGUGUCCAGAAUAAAAGCA